GAAUCAUCUGAAAACGCGCGAAAACAUGCAGAUAGGCCACCCUUGACGUCAGAGGCGGACUGAAGAGGUCUUGUAUUCGACAAUAUUACCUUUGUUUGUUGUUUACCAGCGAAGACACAUCAAGAUGUUUGAGGCUCGUCUCGUCCAAGGCAACCUAUUGAAGAAAGUGCUGGAUGCCAUCAAGGAACUGCUGAAUGAGGCGUCAUGGGACUGUGCCGACUCUGGUAUCCAACUCCAGGCUAUGGACAACUCUCACGUGUCCCUCGUGUCUGUCAACCUUAGGGCAGAGGGCUUCGACAAAUACAGAUGCGACAGAAACCUUAUAAUGGGCAUGGAUCUUACCAGUAUGUCCAAAAUUUUGAAGUGUGCUGCCAAUGACGACAUCAUAACCAUGAAGGCACAGGAUAAUGCUGAUACUGUUACCUUCAUAUUUGAGUCUCCCAGCCAGGAAAAGGUGUCGGACUAUGAAAUGAAACUAAUGAAUCUAGACCAAGACCACUUGGGCAUUCCAGAAACGGAUUAUGCCUGUGUAAUAAAGCUUCCCUCUGGAGAAUUCGCUCGUAUCUGCAGAGAUCUUAGUAACUUUGGUGAAAGCAUUGUAAUUGCUUGUACAAAGGAAGGUGUUAAAUUCUCUGCUGCUGGUGACAUUGGUACUGGAAAUAUUAAGCUUGCUCAAACUGCAAAUGUUGACAAGGAAGAAGAUGCCGUCAUUAUUGAAAUGCAGGAGCCAGUAACUCUAACCUUUGCCUGUCGGUAUCUCAACAUGUUCACAAAAGCCACCCCACUUUCACCUCAGGUUUCACUGUCAAUGUCUCCAGAUGUCCCACUAGUUGUCGAGUAUUCCAUUGGAGACAUUGGCCUUAUACAGUAUUUCUUGGCGCCCAAGAUUGACGACAAUGACUCUUAAUUCAAGACCAGAAUAACUUGUGAAUUUUCUUCAAAUCAAUAACUUGACAUGUAGCAUUUAGGAUGUUUCCUUUAUAGUUUACACAAGUUCCAUUAUAUUAGACAGUGGUGGUAUAUUUUUCAUUCUAUUUUAAUUACAUAUAAUCCCUUUUACCUGAAACUCCUUAUCGUGUCUUAAAUAUAUAAACUUCUUAUA